GGAAAUGUUGACAUACUACAGGAAGUAACAUCUGUUGAUAGCCGCUAUGCUAACCUUCCGAGGUGUUUGAUCCGUUUUACUGUGUGUUGCCAGUUGAUCGAGUAAACGACACGGGUAACUGGUUACCAGUUCACCCAGUGGAUGACCAAAGCGCUGCUGUGAACGUUAUGACUCAGCCAUAUUUAGAGGUCAGGUGGUAUUCUUAGCAUUAGCCUGUGUGCCAAGCCAAAGUCCGACAGGCAGACAUGGAGACUCGGGGGAUUGAGGACAUGUUUGACUUUCGUCGGUUUCCCAAAGACGCCGUGGCCCUCCUGCUGUUGCUCAUCUACUCUCCAGUUGGCAUUUGUUUGAUGUUGAUGCGGAUUUUUAUCGGAGUUCACGUUUUCCUGGUCAGCUGUGCAAUCCCAGAAAGCAUUGUACGAAGAUUCGUUGUUAGGAUUAUGUGCUCAGUUCUUGGGAUGCACGUGAGACAGAGAAAUCCUCGUUCCCGAGAUAAAAACACCAAGCUCUACAUAUGCAAUCAUGUGACAGAGUUUGACCAUAACAUUAUCAACCUCCUGACCCCCUUCAAUACCCCUCAGUUGGAGGGCUCCACAGGCUUUAUGUGUUGGGCCAGGGGCUUCAUGGAAAUCCAUUCAGCAUCCAGCCAGGAAGAAAUAGGAGAGUCUCUUCAGAGGUACUGCUCCACUGAGGGCACCCCGCCUUUGCUUGUUUUUCCUGAAGAAGACACCACAAAUGGCCGUGCGGGUCUGCUCAAGUUCAGCUCGUGGCCGUUCACGCUGACUGAAUCUAUCCAACCUGUGGCCUUACGGGUGUCCAGACCCGUGCUUUCUUUGAGCACAGUAGAGUCCGGCUGGCUAAUAGACCUCCUGUGGACGUUGUUCGCCCCGUGUACAGUGUAUCAUGUAAGUUGGCUCCCACCAGUUUCCAGGCAAGAUGGAGAGUCCACGCAGGAGUUUGCCAACAAAGUCCAAGAGCUUCUUGCUAUUGAACUUGGACUGGUCUCCACUAAGAUUACUAAAGCUGAUAAAGCAGAGCACAUUAAAAGGAAACGACAUUCAAUACCACAAACAUCUACAAGUGCCACAUCUGGCUCUAUCGGGCUUGGAUUCAUGGCCCAGAGUUUGGGUCCAGAUGAUCACUGGAUUGCUAAAAUGGCCCAGCAGGUGAAGGAGGUGCUGCCACAUGUCCCAAUCAAUGUCAUUACAAGGGAUUUAGCUAAAACCAACUGUGUUGACACCACAAUAACAAACCUCCUAGAGAACAAAGAGGAAGCAUCCAUGGAAGCUACUGGGACGUCAACAUGCGGAGCAUCCAGGAUCAACUCCUUUCCUUCUGGUUCCUCUCCAACCAUAAAGCCUUCUGCCAAAACGUUUGGGAGGUCACCAACUGACAGACAUUUGUCUCUUCAACAAAGAAAAGAGGCGUUGUAUAAUUAUGCGAGAAGACGUUACAUUGAGAAGCACGGACUGGAAGAGGAAGACAGCCACUGAACAAACGUUCGAUCAACCCAUAGUAGGAAACCGGUCGGAAAGAAAUGUUUUCAGCCUGUCCUGCCGUCAACUUUGAAAAGUGAUUUUUGUUUUCUAUCAACCCCGUCGAGCUGGUUUUGUUAUCUGCAAAUAAUGGCAACACGUAUUCAGAACAUGUAUACAUUCAUUGAAUGGUGAUUUAUGCAUGUGUUUAAUUCUUCAUCCUGGCCCGAGACCUAAUUUUGAUAAAGGUUUGUAUAACAAUCCACUGACUGUAAAUCAUCUAUUUAUUUUUAUAAUGUUAGAGUUGUCGAUGAAAAUAAAGUUCAGCUUGACCUUG